ACUGAGUUCAAAGCCCACAGGGAUGUGAAGCCAGUGAAGCUGAUCCGAGCCAAGUCCCAGUACCUUCCCCCUGAUGAGAAGACCAGCCUGGAGACCAGCUAUAGCGCCACCUACAGGGGAGAGCAGAGCAAGCAGCAGCCCAACGACAACAAGCCUGUGGACAGGAGGAGGAUACGCAGCCUGUACAAUGAGCCCUACAAAGGGCUACAAGAGACCAAGGUGAGAACCUUUAAGAUCAUGUCCUAUUGACUACUCCCAUGGUCCAGCCAUAAUGCAGCUAAUCUCCUAUUCAGAACCACAGCCUUGUAGAGUGCAUUUUCAAACUCACUGUAAUGACAGAAUCUUUCUCUUGGAGGGCUGCUGUUCUGUUUACUGUGUAUGUUGUGAUGGCAAAUCAUAUCAGUAAUACUGAAGCAAACACAAUAUCAAACUGAGGACAGUUACAGCUCUUUGCAGAGUCAUUUAAACCCGCUGCUAAUGUCUUGGGUGAUGGAAUAUAUAAAGAAUCUCCAUCUUCCCCCAUCCCCUGUGCCUAGGUUGAGAGGUCUAACAGGGCUCCCCGAUCCAAACCCAAAAAGGCAGGCACCACGGUAGCUAGUCAGGGGGGCAAACCUGUCAAGAAGGCCAAAGAGCAGAAGCAGCCGGGCAGCACAGCACUGCGGGGCACCAAGAAGACGACCUCUGAGAACCAGCCCACUGAGUCCAGGCCUGCGGAGGGGGACAAGGAGAAAAGUAAAGAGAUGAACAACAAACUGGCUGAGGCAAAAGAGUAAAAAUCAUUUAGCACUACUUUUUAUUCUUCUUUGGGGGAAAGACAACGAAGGCUGCAAAAUUAAUUAGAGGUUCUCAUCCCCUUUUAUGUUUUCUCUCUCUCUCUCUCUCUCUCUCUCUCUCUCUCUCUCUCUCUCUCUCUCUCUCUCGCUCGCUCUCACUCUCUUUCUCUCUCUUCUCUCUGCCUCUUGGCUAAGUUAGAAGUAGUUACAGUAAAUGUCAGGGUUGGGACAUGACAUGUCGUUGCUUCCCCGCCUCACAUUACAUUAGAUCACCGUAGGAACAAGUAGGCGUGUGCAUCUGCUUCCUCUGCUCCCCGAUGCCACCCACCACCCCCCACUCUCCACGUCUCCAUCUCAAGGUUGCCAUGGCUACUGGCUGCCUGGUUAGCCAAUGAAUGGCGCGUGCUAUUGUUGCAUGAGCCCACCAACUAGCAAUCCUGUGUGGUUGGCUUCCAUCUUCCAACUGAUCAGAUUGCUUUGUUGAGUUUAUCAAGGAUUUUUGGGAAUGAGAAGACCAUGAAAAUUGGUUCACUCAAUGGACUCGAUUUCUGUAGCUGUAACUUUCAAAUUUAUGCAAAGAUACAUUUAUAAAUGUAUGCUAAGAUACAGUAGAUGCUCAUCUAGGAUAACAGUCUGAAAAUCUUUGAUAAAUGUGCAGCUUGGAGUGUAUCGAUCCAUGGAUGAGUUUGUGCCUGCUCUGUAUUUCCUGAAUGCUGUCUUCUUGUGCACAUGGGGCUCCAAGUCUGUCUGUUAUCAGAUUGGCAUUACUAAGAUGCUUUGUUAAACUUUGCCAUCAUUCUUGUAUGCAAUGUCUAAUUUUGUAAACCUAAUAACUAUGUUGAUUGUGGAUGACGUGGAAAUGGUUUUGAACAAAUAAUUGUCAGGACAACAUUUAAAACCUCAUACCCUCUCAUUCAAAUUGUUCUUCCUAUUCGCAGUCAAAUUCAUUUAUCAAGUUAUUUUAAAGGUCAGACAAGGUUACCUUGUUUCAUCAACCUUGUUGCCAAGCUGGGAGCCAUCUGGGUUAUUGUAACAUGAUUAUGCAUUACUAGACCAGUCAUUUGCACAGCAGAUGAGAAUAUCCACUGAAUUAAAUGUUACUAUCAUGCAAUUAUAAUUACAUUAGCCAUUUUAAUAACUACGUUACAUUUCACUGUGUCACGAUAGGAAAUUGAUAUUGUGGCUCUAUGGUCUUUAGCUAUGCUUUCACCCAGGCCAUACAGACUCUAUGUAGCUAUAACACACACACACACACACACACACACACACACACACACACACACACACACACACACACACACACACACACACACACACACACACACACACACACACACACACACACACACACACAGGGAGUCAUGGUUGACUGUAACCAACAUGAAUAUUUAGGCCCCCAUGGGAACUAGCAGAUGGGAGAAGCCAACAACAAUAUUCACAUCCCAGAGGUCUAAAGAGGUGUCUGGCAGGAUAUGUUACUAGUCAAAACUCUUUGUCUCUUUCAGCAGAUUUAUGGUUUUAUCAUUAUAUGUUAUUUAUUGUUUUAUUUAUUCAUCUAUUUAUUUGGGUAUAAAACACUAAUUACUUCUGCUAAUACCUUUAUUGUAAUAUACCCCCCAAAAUGUGCCUGUGAUGUUAUGGUAAGUUGAAUGCUGACCGUUUGGAAUGCUUCUUUUUCUGGACUUGUUUCUGUCUUUGUUUCUGGUUUAUGCAUGUUGAGUCUCUACGUUUCUGUCUAACACGGGCCUCAAACAACUGGCCUCUUCCCUGGACCAGGUGUGUGUGUGUGUGUGUGUGUGUGUGUGUGUGUGUGUGUGUGUGUGUGUGUGUGUGUGUGUGUGUGUGUGUGUGUGUGUGUGUGUGUGUGUGUGUGUGUGUGUAUGUGGAUUUCAUUAGGUUGAGAAGAUUACAUGUAGAUGUCAAGAUUAUAUUAAAUGCAUUCAACUCCAAAUCAAUCUCUCCUCUGCUGCCUUCUAUGGCAAUUUAAGUAUUGUAGGCAUAGGCUACCAAUGUAGAAUGACUUGAUAUUCUCACAUGUGAUUUGAUUGAAUUAGGACAAGCAGCUAAACUAAAUGUUAUAUUUGGUUUACAUUUGUAUCAUACUUCUGCAUAUGUAUGCAGUUUCUUGAAUGGGAUAAAUUGAGCGAGCAAGGAAAGUUAUCUGUAUUACAAACGUAAACCUCAUUAUGUCAAAAUUAAUCAAGUUAGACUAAUCCCCUUUGAAUUGGCUGUAAAGUGCCAGUAGAGCUCUAUUGGCUGUAAGUAGUAGUAAGCUACUACACAUGUCUACUUGUGUCUUAGCAGACAGUAGUAAAGACCAGAACAGCAUUUCAGAUUCCUGGGAUGGAAUAGACCACAAUAGAGCAAUGCAUUGUGCUGAGCAGGACUUGUCUUGUCAUGGGCCACCCCCACCUCCCCACACUCCCCAGUCUCUCUCUUGUGUUGUUGUCAUCUGUUGUGCUAGUCAGAGCCCACUGGCUGCCUCCUCUCCAUUUUGAAUACUGGAGUGUGUUGUCUCUCCAUUUGCCAUGGUGGUGUCUUGAGUUAGUAUGUCACAAUGAACCACCAUGCCAUAUUCCGCUCAGACUGAGCAUGUGCCCACAGAGCGGAGGGUGAAGGCCAUCUCAUUAGCAUUUUGCAGCAUUUUGUUGGGGAGGGGGGGACACUUUCUCUCGUAACACAGGGAGUGGGGUCGGGGGGUCAUACAUGUAAAGUGCUGACACACAACACACCCGGUGCUAUUUAUCCAAGCAUAAGAAACAAACAAAGAAUAGAAAGUAAUAAUGGUACAAAAAAGUUAUAGUAUGUAUUGGACACAAAUAUUUUACUGUGACGUGCUUGUAUUUCUCUCUGCUUGCUCCUAUUUACUGAAAUAUUAUGAAUAAAUGAAAAGCAGAAAAAGCUGUGUCCUCUUGGUUCUUUGUGUUGAAACGUAUGGAGGAGGAGGAGGGUGAAAGAACUGUGGUUGCAGGUAUUUGUUGAAAUCUUUUUGUGUCUUUGUGAGACAUGAGAUGCUUUUUAGUGAGUGAAUCCACAUGGAAGAGAAUUUUGCCUUCAGGUUUUCUUUGGCGCUUAUCAAAGACAUUCUGGCAUGAGUUCUGACAUCCUUCCAAGGGCUUGCAUAUUGCUGCUACAUUAUGUGAGGAAUAUAUUAUUAUUUUGCAUCAUGUGUCCCAAUAUAUUCAAAGACCUCGCCCAAAUUAUAUAGCAAUAUGCAAGUUAAGGAUGGGUAGAACAUUAUUCCAGAAUUAGAUGUCAUGUAUUUACUGGGCCAACAAACUGUACAAAUGCGCACAAUGUAAUGAUUUAUGAAAUGUUAUUUCUUUGGGUGUAACAAAUGUGUGACAUUUGGAUAUAUUUUCUAAAAUCAUUAUAAUCAUGUAAUUACUGUAUUUUCCAGCUUUAUCUGGUAUCGUGAUUAGCUUUUCGAGGAUAUCACAUUUGGAUAUGCUGUGCAAGGUGAAGUCCUACCUCUAGAAAACCUAAUGAGUGACAUUCUGAUUCAUUUGAAGGGUUGUGCUAAAACAGUACCACUACAUACAGCUCUGUCAGCCAAUCCGUGAUACAGGCUGGGUGCAGACGCUAAAGCAACACCUGUGGGGCUGUGCACUACCCAUUCCAAGGUAACCUAAAAACACACCCAGCUGCCGCAAGCCACAAAUCUCUCAUUGUCAUUCAUAUGUGCUCAUAAGAUGUAUUUCAAAGUUAUGAUUUCUUUGAUAUUUGAUAAUGGCACAGUUUUGUGUUGAAAAUCUCUGUACUCCGAUACAGUUCCCACCAGGUCAGAUCCCUCCUCUAUUUCUCUUCCAUAUGGAAACUAGAGUAGGGGAAUGAGUGUGUGGGGCUGUCUGUCUGUGUGAGUGUGUGGCUGUCAUGUCCUAUAAUGUACGUAUGUCUCCUUAAGGUUCCUCUCUUAAGGAGGCCUUGGGUCUGCCUUGUUGUAGUAGAAUGUCUAUAUUCCAGACCAUCUUGGAAUCCCUCCUUGAGCUACUAGAAGAUACUAGAUCCAUUUAUUGCUCGUGGUUAGAAUAAAUAGGUCAAGGCUAAACAAAUUGCAUGGCUGUGUAGUAAAAUGUGACUUUUGAAUUAUUCACACAGAUGACUAGAGAUCGCCCAUCGUUUUUUAUUUUUAGAGCAACUGGAUUAGCCCUACCAUGCAACCACUAUUAUUUGAUAUAACAUUAUUUGAUAUUAUAUCAAAGGUAUAUCGUAAUUACACGCAUGUUACCAGUGUGAUUAUAUUGAAAUGAUUAAUAAACCUGUGGGUAAACACACCUACAGAUAUAUGUUUAUAAUAACACAUAGUUAUCCUUUUUGGUUUGAUCAUUUUGAUCAUUUGAUGUAAUGUUGUUAUGGUGUCUGAGUGGGACCUGUAAUCCAAAUGUUAUACAGUAUUACCAAAUGUGUGGUUAUUUUAUAUGGGCUAGACUUGAUACUAAAUCUGAAUUGUUUAUUGAAAAUAUGUCGAUUCAAUGUUUAUUGGGGUGCAUGGUCGGAAUAGAGUGAGGAGGUACAGUAGUUCUAGCAUUGGAGAGAGCCAGUUCUGCUACUGGAGAAGAUAGUAAGUGCAUGUUUUAGUCCCCUCAAGUUUCAUUUUACAGUAAUCCUGAAUGUCCUGUGGCUGUUUAUCCUUGAACACCCUGAGACUCUCAUUAGACUCUCAUUAUUCCCAUUGCUCUAGCUUUUAGUCUGAGAAGGUUUCAGCUGACAGAUUGGAUUCAAACUCGGAGAGCAGUGGCUAUUUAUUGAUCUGAACAUAACACAAAAUCCUAACUUUGAUUGAUUGUUAACUUUUGUUUGGAAUUGAGGAAGGUAGGCAGGUGAACUAUGUUUUUUUUGGUGCUAUUUUAGGUUUGAAGUGAUAAGAAACCAGUUCUGAGACUGAGCUUCACAUUCCCACAGUAGCAGUGUAAUGUUGCCCUCUGAUAUGAGUAGUCACAGGGUGCUCAACUCAACUCAGCAGAAUGCUUUGUGAUUGGCCUCUGAGAAAUGCUUCAUCUUGUGUCUCUUUGUUUUUGUCUUUUUCUUUGUGUCUUAACUCUGUGCUGCCUCGCCUCCUAGAGAGCUUAAUGGCGAGGUUCUCCGACCCGGUGAUCAUCAUUCCCAGGGUGCCGUUGGAGGAGAACCAGAACCACUGGAGGAAAGACCCAAACCAAGGAGGAGCGGCGUAGUCGUGCACUUUGCCCCAGAUGUAAAG